AUGGCCGAGAGCGAGGCGGGCGACGCCAAGGGCCACGGCCGCGCGGCCAGGAUGAAGCGCCGCAUGCAGGCCGUCUACGAACAGGUCAUGUUCGAACGGCGCGUUCUGCUCGGCUGCACGGCGGCCGUCGGCCUCUGCGUCUUCCUCUGGAUCGUGGCCGUCAGCACCGACCACUGGUUCACGCUGACGGCGCCUACCGACGCCGGCGUCUUCAUCAACGAGACCAAACGCUUUUUCCUCACCAGCCACUCGGGUCUCUGGAGGAUAUGCAGGACCUCCUAUGGAAACGUUUCCGACGUUGAGAACACCAUGUUAACAAAGUGCAGAUAUCAAGAAUUCUUCCCAAGCGACCAUAAAAUAACGGUGGACCACACCGUCGAUCACGGCAGUCUGAACUACAGCCGGACUGAGGUGUCAUUUGCCAUCAUCAGUCUAUUUUUGAUGGUCAUGGGAUUCUUCUUCUCACUUUAUACUUUCCAAAACCCAAGAUACAUGUUCAAGCGUCUGGCUGGGGGUAUCCACUUUAUCACAGGUGGCUCAGUUCUGGUGGUGAUUGAGGUGCUGAUCAGCUCGAUCGACUACGAACGGGUGCACCUGCACUUUGUUCACCCCAAGGGGGUGGUAGUUAGCUACGGCUGGUCAUUUGCACUGGCCUGGCUGGUUUUCCUGGUGCUGUUUGUAUCAGGGUGCGCCUUCAUGAUUUUCUCCCGCAAGCGCAAGGGCAACAAGGCGCCCAACGACGAGAUGGCCAUGGCCGACGAGCCCACCAUCAUCGGGCGGUGA